GAAUUAUUAACCAUUGCCUUCUCGUGAUAUAUUUAUGCGCUUGCUGUGUAAGAUUUAAACGCAAUAUUGUUGUUCUCAUUAAUUAGACGUGAUCUCAUAGACGGGAUACCCCUGAUCAUCACUCAAAGUCAACGCGCUAAAGUCACAUCUGGAAGAAAAGGAAGAGAAGAUAAAACCAAGGGACCAAGAAAGAAGAAAAAAACCUCACCAAACCACCACCAUGAGUUCUCAAAGCUCAGUCUUCCAGCUAAGCGGCACAUGCAACAACUACGACUGGGGCAAAAAGGGCCGCGACUCCCUCGCCGCGCGCCUCUGCGAAAACACCUCCAACGGCUUCACGAUAAAAGAUGACAAAGCCUACUCAGAGAUGUGGUUCGGCGACUACCCCGAUUUUCCCGCCCGCGUUCUCGAGACCGGCGAGCUUCUCAAGGACGUCCUGGACAAGAACAAGGAACAACUCCUCGGCCAAAAAGUCAUCACGGAGCUCGACGGCCAGCUGCCCUACCUCCCCAAGAUUCUCUCCAUCGCAAAAGCGCUUCCCCUACAGAUCCACCCAAACAAGUCACUCGCAAGCAAACUCCACGAGCAGGACCCCGAAAACUUCACCGAUGCCAACCACAAGCCCGAGAUCGCCGUGGCGCUGGGCCCGUUUGAGGUCUUUGCCGGGUUCAAGCCCCUGGACCACAUCUCGCCCGUCUUCAACAUCCCCGCCCUGCGGGACCUGAUCCCCGACGGGACGACCAAGUGGACCGACGAGACAUUGCGGGAGGUCACGCGCCGCAUCCUGCUCGCCGACGAGGAUACCGUCGAAAAGGUAUCCGAGGCUCUUGGCGGCACGCCGCGCGAGGAACUGGGCGGCAAUGGGUACGUGCUGGACCUGCUGCCACGUCUGCAGGAUCAGUACGGUAAAGGCGACAAUGGUAUCCUGAUAGCGCUGCUGUGUAUGAACUUCUUGUCACUGGAGGCUGGUGAUGCGUUGUAUAUCCCGGCCGACGGCAUCCACGCCUACUUGUCUGGGGAUAUUGUGGAGUGCAUGGCUCGUUCGAACAAUGUCCUCAACACCGGCUUCUGUCCACCCGGCGACAGAAACAACAUUGAUUUGUUCAGCAAGACGUUGACUUUCAAGGCGCAUAGCAAGGACGAUGUGUUGCUACCUGCGGAGCAGAGUCCUCGGGGCACAAAAGGACGUACUGUCGUGUAUCCGCCGCCGUUGAGCGAGUUUGACAUGUUGAAGACGGACUUGGAUGAGGGGAACAAGACAGAAAUUCUGAAGGCGGGUGAAGGACCCUCGGUGGCUAUUGUCACUGAUGGCGAGGGGGUUCUGGAGGCGGAUGGGAAGAUAUUUGAUGUAAAGGCUGGUCACAUCUAUUUUGUUGCUCCUGGCAUUGAGAUCAAGUGGGAAAGCAAAGGCAAGAUGCAAGUGUUUACGACUGUGGUCUGACCUGGACAGAUAUCGAUAGAGAAUAAACGAAAUGAUUGGCAAAUUUAGAAGUAUGACCUAAUGAGACGAUGGUUAGAAUAUUCUCAUCCUAUAUGAUUG